ACGGCUUGCACACUCAAGAAAUCAAUAGUAAUCAUACUGAUAGUAACAUCAACAAUAUAAGGACAGCAACAUCGGCAGGCGCAGCAGAAGAAGGCAGGGUACAGCAGCACCGGUAACAACAGCAGCAGCAGUAAAGAGAAAGCAAUUAUAACAGGAUACGUCAAGUUUAACAUCGGGAUUUGCAGUUGUGGAGUAACCAACUCAUCACGUUCCAACUAUUGUAUGUAUUUUUAAUGACCACUUGUCUGGUGUGCAACAGGAAAAUAGAACGACUGACCAGCAACAAGAUUCAAAGAAAGAAACGGAUUAAAACUAUGAAUAAAGCAACAAAACAUUAGCUGAAAAGGGGGGAGAUCCCUGGAGAUGUUUCCAUAUUAACUAAACACAUCAGCUUGUUAGUUGUCUAUCGUUUCACCCAAAUUGUCUCUUCUCACCCACUUUGGUAUCGUUCAACCAAGGAAAACCUAUACAAACUUACUAACCGAACCGAAACAAAUCAAUUGAUUUGGAAACACAUUAUACUAUUAUAUCAAUAAUGGUUUAAUACAUUUUUGAAGUGAGAGAAAGAAUAUAAGACAGAAGGCUAAUAAAUUCACUUAAAUUAUUAAAAACAAAGAUAUACAGGAGUGCUCCAGCAAGGCUACAAUUUGUGAUCGCUAAAGAACUACGAUUAAAAUGAAAACGAUUAAAGAGUAAAUGCAUGAAAAAACGCAAACAAAAUUGGUAUAACAAUAUGUAAAAAUAAAUACAUAUUUACAAAACUGUAUGGAUGUAUUUGAAAAUAAAUGCAUAAAUAGAGAAAUAAUAUACAUAUCAACAACCACAGGAAAUGUUGAUAAAUCGAACUGUUUGGGCUUCGAUUUUCAGUUUUAAUCACUAUACUUUCGUCGCUAAUAUUUUGGGAAAGGCAUGAAUAUUAUAUAAUCAUGUUUGCUUUACCCUAAAUAAUGUUUGAUAUUUUUAUUCUUGUAAGUUAAAAUAUGAAGAAAAAAAGAUCUUUAUAACAUUUAUAUAGAAAAAUAAACGGAUAUUUUCAUAUUUUUCAUUAUUUCUCCUCAUGAUUGGAGAAGCGAAAGAAGUGAGAAGAAAAGAAAAAAGAGAAGCCGUUUUAAUAAAAGCAAACAACAAUGUGAUAGAAAACGUUAAAUGAAUUCGAAGUGAAAUGGACUUUAAAUAAUAAGAGACAAGAAAUGUAAAUCUUUUAAGGAAACCUUAUUUAUUUUUAUUUUUUCUACAUUUCUACAUCUCUAUAAUUCUGCAAGUAGGAACAGAUAAAUAUAAAUAUAUAUAUAUAUAUAUGAUUGAAUAUAUGCAUGUAAUAUAUGUGUGUAUAUAGGUUUGAAAGAAACACAUCGAAUAAGUAAUCUUUGCUUGGGGGAGUCGGCAGGUGUGUGCGUGAGUGUGUGUGUGAGUGUGUACAUUCGUGUGUAAGUGUGUGUGAAUGUAUGCCUGUGUGUAUGUGUUAUUCUCUGUGGUUGUUUUUUUGUUAUCGUCUACAAUAUUAACCACAUCCUGUCACACACCGCUCGCAACCGGUCUCGCCUGGCUUAACACAGUUCAUUAAUUAGCAAAAGCCACCUCUUUAAGGUUUUUUGUUUGUUUGUUUGUUUGUUGGGUUUUUUUCUGUUUGUUAGAAUUUACAAUUAACUUCUUAGCUGGUUGAGUAACAAUUUCUUGAUAAUAAUUGUGACUGUUGCAACGGACGAUCACACAUGCAUACGCAACAGCUGGUGCAGCUCAACAAUAAUAAUAAUAGAUAUAAAUAAAUAAUAAAAAUAAUAACUGUAGAAAACACAGACGACAUCAACUGUAACAAUAAUAAAAACAACAAUAUUAACUACAAUUUAAAAUGUCAAGAAUUUCUUGCAUAACAAAUAGCAAGCUACCCAUAACAAAGUAACUAUACUUAGGGUAGUUAUAUAUAUAUAUAUAUAUAUAUACUUAUUUAUUUAUCACACACACACAUGGCAUCUCGCUUUCCAUUCUGAGACAAGUUCAAGUUACAUUUGUACCUGGCAUGCACAAACAGGAGUUUCUCAGAAACCAAAUGUUUGCAUCUUUCGAAUGAUCUCCAUCCAGCCACCCAGUUUAAAUAUUGUCCCCACUCAGUACAUUCUAUAAGCCAUUUCAUUAUCUCCGUCACAUUCUUCUGUCUAUAUCGCCGGGAUUAUAUAUAUAUUAUAUAUAUAUAUAUAUUUAUUUAUUUAUUCUGUUCUACUUCUUUUGUUUCACGCACGUAUGUUAAACAUAAAUAGCUAUUUAUGUUCAUAGAUAUAAGGAUACAUACGAAGUAUAUAUAGUUUAGAGCACGAAAAUAUAUAAAUACGUAUACAUAUUUAUUCAAAUAUGCAUGUGCUAAUAUAUAUAAUUUGUUAUUUCACCUUAAUUCUGCUGUGAAAAAAUAAUUUACAAAAAAAUCAUGCAUAUAUAUCGAUAAUUUAUAUACGUUCUAUAUAUAUAUAUAUAUAUAUAUAUAUAUAUAUAUAAGUUAACACCAAUAUAGAGAGAAACAACUCCAGUAUACAAAGAAAGUGCUAAAACUAAAGAAGGUUGUAUUAUAACAGAAAACUUAAAACUAAGUGAUUUUUAAAUCCAAAACGUAAAUAUCAAUUCUAAAAUUCAACUCUCAAAUCCGCAACAGAGAUGAUCCAAGAUAGGAGAAAAAUUCCUGGAUACAAUCCUUAAAUCACAGAACGUAUUUCUGAAAUCCCGAAACUGUAAUGUGAAAAAUCGGAAGCAAGGUAAAAUAUCAAAAAGUAAUUAUCAUCAACAAGGGUUAAAUUCCUAAACCAAACCAAACCCGACACAAAGUGAACUCCGUUUUCACAAAAUCCCUCCAAUACACAGGCAUAUACCCAUUAAACACAUACACACGUCAACUCCAUCACUUCCUUUGAGGAAAGAAAAAGAAAAAAGCUACACAAAAGCUGAAAUCAAACCAGUACCAAUGUUAGGCCAUGAAGAAACAGAACGUACGGACUUUGUCGCUAAUAGUUUGCACCUUCACAUAUCUCUUGGUCGGUGCUGCAGUCUUCGAUGCGUUGGAAUCUGAAUAUGAGAAUGAAAUGAAACGCAAACUUCAGAGCGAAGAGUCCAGGCUGCUACACAAAUACAAUAUCUCAUCGGAGGAUUUCCGCGUUCUUACUCGGAACGUUAUUAAAUCUGUACCAUUAAAGGCAGGUAUACAGUGGAAGUUUGCUGGAGCAUUUUACUUUGCUACCACUGUCAUCACAACGAUAGGUUACGGCCAUAGUACUCCUCAAACAGUUGGUGGGAAGAUUUUCUGUAUGUUUUACGCUCUUGUAGGAAUCCCUUUGUGUAUCAUUAUGUUCCAAAGCGUCGGUGAACGGUUGAACACUUUUGUGACAUUUUUAUUAAAGCAGAUGAAGAAGUGCUUUAAAAUGAAGAAUGCGGAUGUAUCACAGACCAAUUUAAUUUUGGUUGCAAUGAACCUAUCAGUCAUAGUUCUAACUACAGGAGCUGCAGCAUUUUCUUACUAUGAAAGCUGGGAGUACAUCAAUUCUUUUUAUUAUUGUUUUAUCACGUUGACAACCAUAGGUUUUGGGGACUUUGUUGCUUUACAAAAACGAUCAGCAUUACAAAACCAACCUCAGUAUGUUAUUUUUAGUCUCAUUUUUAUACUUUUUGGGCUGGCUGUCAUUUCGGCAGCCAUGAACUUACUAGUUCUUCGAUUCUUAACAAUGAACACUGAGGAUGAACGUAGAGAGGAACUUGAGGCCGCAGUAGCGGCUCAAGGGGCCGUCCGACUGGAUGGGGACAUUAUAACAGCCAAUGGCAGUGUCGUGUCAGGUGCACAAGAAAGUCCAGAGUUAAAUGACCUCACUAGUGUUUGCUCAUGUUCUUGUUACAAUUUAAGAGGACAUAAAGAAAAACCACGAUAUAAAGUCACAAGGGCACCUGGACGAAUCUCACACCUGCUCCCAAUGCAAUCAGUAACGAAUCGAUCACGUGAAAACUCUCACACAGACAUUGAAGACACAAAUUCGUUUUUGCAACACCACUUCCUACAUAGGAAACGUGCCUCGAUUUGAUAAUUAUUUAAAAAAAUAAAAAAUUUUAAAUUACUAUAUGUGAAAAUAUAUAAAAUAUAUGUGUGUGUGUAUAUAUAUUAAUAUGUAUAUACCUAAAGAUAUACAUACACACACAAAUAUAUAUAUAUACAUAUAGACACAUAAAAAAAUUCAUAUAUAUACACAUACAUAUAUUUAUAUAUACCUAUGUAUGUAUUUAUGCAUGAGUAUAUUGGUGAGUCCCAUAGUCUAUUGGGUCAUUGUCGGGGCACUUGUGGAGACUUAGUCUUCAAACAAUGUGUCUAGGGCAAGCCAGCCCUAUCCUUCUCCUAGCUAUUUAUACCUAUGGUAGGAUUUGAACUCAGCACUGCAAGAUAAGAACUCAUUAUUUAGACAGCACUCAUUGCAACUUACAGCGUUAAGCUACGCCUACCUGUGGUACUAAUUUACAGCUAGGUGGACUGAGUCAGUGAGAGUCAAGUAUCUUGGCCUUUGACACAGAGCAGCACCAUUGGCUGGAUGCAAACCAUCACAUUUUAAAACAGCAGCCUGACACCCAAUCAACUUGGCUAGCUGUAACUCAUAUAUAUAUAUAUAUACACACACACAUA